AUGACAUCGCCCAUGUUCAGACCAACUAGAACCGCAUGGCGGCUGAAUGACUCGCUCCUGAUGGACAAGAUACUCAAGACACAACUCGAAGAACACUUGCAACAAUACUUUGCGGAGAAUAACACCGAGGAGGUUUCAGAUAUGACAAUAUGGGAAGCACACAAAAGUGUCAUCAGAGGACACUUAAUUCGUAUGGCCUCCCGACGGAAAAAGGAAAUCGGACAACAGUUAGCGGACCUCACGCAGAAGAUAUCUGACCUAGAAAUGGCCCACAAACGAGACCAACAAGACCAGACCUACAGGGACCUAAUGUCAAACAGACGGCAACUCUCAGAACUUAUUGAGAGCAAACACGCCAGAACGAUCCGAAGAACACGAGCAUUCUUCUACAUGCACGCCAACAAGGGGGGUAAAUUGCUAGCAAGGAUGCUGAGAGGAACACAAAGCAGGGCACAGGUACACGCACUGCGCACCACACAGGGCACAUUAACUCAAUUUCCAGAAGAAAUCGCGAGCGAAUUCCAACGGUUCUACACACAGCUAUACAAUACACGUGGAGAUGAAGACAGAAUUUCCCAAACCACGAGGAAGGCAGAAACGGCAGACUAUUUAGGAGGCUUUCAACCGGAUACCCUCACACCAGAGGAAGCAGAGGACCUAGAGAGGCCGAUCACCGAAGAGGAACUCAAACAG